UGGUGACAUCAGCUGCCUCUAAACCCACCAGACCGGACAUAGAAGCAAACCAUGGGAGAGAACAAGCAGAGAACAACCAAUGACAGCAAAAAUAUGUGAUGCAGAAAAGUGCAAGAGAAUUUUCUGACAACAGACUUCCCAAACAGUCUCCUGCUACAACAUGGAUGCAACAGUGAACCACAGAAAAUCCGUGAUACAGAAAAUCUUGCCAAUAUUUGUCCUUCUGUUACUUUUCCUCAUUUUACCUGCUGCAAGAGGAGAAUUGUCAGUGUUGCCAGGGGAGACCAUCACCAUGACAACAGGUUCCAAACUGUUGCUGACCUGCAGGUCAAAUGGGACGACCCAACCGACAUGGUAUCUCCAUGGUGCUGAAAUCCUGGCUGCCCGCAUUGAGCAAAACAGAAGGAUUUACACUGAGGUCUCAGACACGUCACCUCGAACCACAAUCCUAAGAAUUGAUAGCAUAGAGAUAAAGGAUGCAGCAAGGUAUGUGUGUGAGAAUGGGAACUUCCAGAAGAUUGUUCAGUUGUACGUGGUGGCAGACAUCGUCAUGCAAGAGACCGAACUUUCACAAAGUCUGCGUACCGGCUCGGAGGGAAAAAUCGAGUGUGCCGUUGCGACACAACAUCCUGUUAAGCCAACCAUAACAUGGUACAAAGAUGGCGAAAGACUGGAUACAUCCUCCACAAACUAUGAGCAGAAGUCGCAAGGAGUUUUACAUGUGGUAAAGGCGGAAGGUAACGACACAGGGACCUAUCGUUGUGAGGCGUUCAUCCCAUCAACAGGAGUGUACAAUUAUGUUGAUAUAGAAGUUAAGGUGGUAACCCCAGCCUGGACUUACAGAUGGUGGUUCAUCCUGGUAACUGCAGCAGCUGGUGUGUUCAUUGCCGUAGUCUCAUUUGAUCUCUGCUGGUUCAUAAGCAAACAGAAGAAGGCCUGGCAGAUCAGGAAGGACCGCAUGUUUGCGGCGACGUGUCAUCUCAGGGAUAGUGUCGGGACUGAAUCUGAAGAACACCUCAUACUCAAGGGCUCUCAGACCGGACUCUAUAGCUACGGGUCUUCAUCUUUUGGUGAGCACAAGUAUGGAAUAGAAGCACCUUGGGAUAUUGGACCAGAUACGGACAGCCAAGAGCAAGGGCUGAACAAUGUAGCAUCCACUGACAGAGACUCCUCCCCUGAUGUUCACACAGUCCUGAUCUCUAGACCACCACACAGUGAAGUUAGCCUCACAGAUACAGACAUCAAAAUAGAUGCCAGCAGUGCAGACAUUAAGCUGGAUGCCAGCAGUACUCUCGUGAGUUCAGGAAACAGCAGUGAUGGUGCAACAAACAGCGUCCUGCACUUGCAGCUUGACACCCCAAGAAGUAGCGGAUCCACUGAGGAUGGAAAGACAACAUCAGAGAGCAGCAAGGCCUACCUUCCCGCCACUUACGUCACUGCAGCAACUGUCAAGUCUCCUAGAAGCCCCGCAGUCUACAAACACUCUGGUCAAAGUGCUUCUGGAACAACUAAGAUGGGCCUGUACCCUGGUAAAAAAGCUGUUGACUCUGCAGAUGAGACUGAAAUUACCACUCAAGUCGAAAAAGCAAAGACAGACAACUACAUCAUGUCCUCGGUCAUGGGGAGUGAAGCAUGGAGAAGAAAGGCUCUUUCUUCUGAAAAAAGGAGGAGAUCAUCUGAGAGAAACGGCGAAGACAGCACUGUAAGUCUCAAGAGUCUGACCAGCUUGCAACAGACAUCCUUAACAAGAGGGCCACUGGUGAGGCAGACUGAGGUGCCGGAGGUUCCACCGAUUCUUCUGGAGAUAACGCAGAAUGUUCCAAUGGAGGAUAUUGAAGGUGGCAUUGCUGAGAGGACACUGCCAAUGUCACCAAGGGCAACACAACUCAAAACGUUCCUUGACAGCCUAGACCAAAACAGAGGACAGAACAGAGAAACUAUCAUGGGCAGUCCAAGCAAAAGGUACAGUGCACCUCCCGGGAUUUUCACAGUCAGUGGAGACAAUCUUCCAUCACCUUCCUCGAAAAUGACAGUCCCACAGCUACAUGAGAUAACCAAAAUAACACCAACACGUCAGAGAGGCAACAUCUUCUUGCUAAGUCCGGAGAAGACACCUGUGCGAUCAAAUACCAGCCUACCCAAACUGCGGGAACUGAGCCGCAGGACCUCUAAGGGUCGGCAAAGAAGUCAGGAGGAGCCGCUUCUGCCUGGAACGCAGCAGCCGAGAGUGGAGUAUGUGCGCCGCGCGGUGAGCCAUCAGGAGCCUAGCCAGCAGGGGACACAAAUGGAGAUGCUGCUCGGCCCAACAUAUCCACACGUCCUUGCAGCGCCACCUAGUGGGAUGGACUGGAAGUUCAAGUUCGAUGAGACUUACCUCUAGAAGAUCCGGAAAUUUCUCAGAUAGUUUUUAUCGCAUAUUUCAAUGCUUUGGCUUACUUACUAUGAUGUGGUGGUA